AGUAAAUUGUUACUUUUGAAGGUGCAGAGCUAGGAGGUUGGGAGCAAAUGGAAAACUCCGUAUAGUAUUUUUUUUUUUACUUUUGAAAUGUGGGGAGACAGUAGAAAAAUAGAAAACUCGAAAAGAAAAACUAGAUGGUAAAUAUUUUACGAGAAAACACAAAAAUCUGAAGAGAUGGAACGAGAAAAUAUAAAAAUCUGGAUGGUUAAUAUUUUAUCGGACCCUUUGAUGAAGCACGGAUGAGAUGGAAAGAAGAAAAAAAAUACACAAGGUAAGGUGGUGAAAAUUGAAAAAAACAGACAGGGAAAGAUGGUGUACGGAGGAAAAGUGGGCUGGUAAAAAACGAAAAAAACCGGAUGGAGGGAACGUUGUGCGGCGCUCGAACUACUGUUUCGAGCAUUGCGCGCGUAUUAGUGCCGCCAUACUUUUUUAAGAAAUUAUAAAUAUUUUGAAAAUACAAUUUAAUAUUUUAACGUUUCUGAAAUGUUUUGAAAUUAUUUGAAAAAGACGAUUUGUCACUUAUUCAUAAAUGGUGUAUCUUAUAACUUUGUUAUGACCAUUUGGAUGCUAGUAUGUAAGAGAUGACAUAGAGGUAAAUUAAAUGGCCUUUCCCAAGAUAAAAAUAAAUAGAGGUGCAAAUUAAAUUAGAGGGAAGGGAAGGCAAGGCAGAGAGAGGGCCAAUGAGCCGAGGAACGCGCGCAGACACAUGCACGCACGCAGGGCCGUUCCCUCCCAUCGCAUUCGCAUUCGCAAUCGCUAGCAGCUGCCCGCCCAGAGUGUUCGUCCGCGCGUGCAUGUCGUUGCAUUGCCACCACCGGACGGAGCAACGACGACCGGGCACCAUCUCCGGCCGGCCGGGCACGGGCAGACAUCGCCAGCUAUCAUCUGGCCAUCGCCUACGGUGAGCAGUCAUCGUCGUCCAUCCGAUCGAAUCGCCCCUACUCCACGCGGGUGUCGCCGGCCGCCGCGGUUCGUGGUCCGCCAUGAAGCCGGGAUUGCUGAAGUCUCGGCGGAGCAGCGCCGGGGACGAGGAGGAGGGAUCUGGCGGCAGCGGCGGCCUCCCCACGGCGACACGGAAGGAGUGGUGCUGGUCGUUGGGGAUUCUCCUCAAGGCCGUGGCGGCGCUGCUGAUCCUGAUGGCCGGCGUGCUGAUCGGCCUGGCCACCAGCGCGAGCCUGUCCUGCUACUACGUCGAGGGCAGCGGCAAGCAGGCGGAGGCGCGGCGCGGAGAUGGAGGCGGCGGGGAAGGGGGGUCACGGUGUCGCGACGACGGGUGUGGCGCGGCGCUGAGCUUCCAGCGGUUCGUGCAACCGCACCCGCCAUGGGGGCACUCGAUGAAGGACGAGGAGCUGUUCUGGCGCGCGUCCAUGGCGCCGCGCGUGGAGGAGUACCCGUACCAGCGCGUGCCCAAGGUGGCGUUCCUGUUCCUGACGCGCGGGCCGCUGCCGUUCGCGCCGCUGUGGGAGCGGUUUUUCCACGGGCACGAGGGGCUCUACUCCGUGUACGUGCACGCCCUGCCAGAGUACAGGCUGAACGUGUCGUCGUCGUCGCCGUUCCACGGCCGGCAGAUCCCGAGCGGCGACGUGUCGUGGGGCUCCAUCACGCUGGUGGACGCCGAGAAGCGGCUGCUGGCGAACGCGCUGCUGGACUUCUCCAACGAGCGGUUCGUGCUCGCCUCCGAGAGCUGCGUGCCGGUGUUCAACUUCCCGACGGUGUACGAGUACCUGGUGAACUCGGCGCAGAGCUACGUGGAGUCGUACAACAUCGACGUGCCGCAGUGCGCGGGGCGGUACAACCCGCGCAUGGCGCCCGACGUGCUGGAGGAGCAGUGGCGGAAGGGGUCCGAGUGGUUCGAGAUGAGCCGAGACCUCGCCGCCGACAUCGUCGCCGACCGGAAGUACCAUGCCAUCUUCCGCAAGCACUGCACGCCGUCGUGCUACCCGGACGAGCACUACAUCCCGACGUACCUGCACCUCCGCCACGGCGCGCGCAACGCCAACCGCACAGUCACCUGGGUGGACUGGUCGCGCGGCGGGCCGCACCCCGCGCGGUUCGGCAAGGCCACCGUCACGCCGGCGUUCGUGCAGGCCAUCCGCAACAACGGGACGCGCUGCGCGUACAACGGCAAGCCCACCACCGUGUGCUACCUGUUCGCCCGCAAGUUCGCGCCCAGCGCGCUCGGGCCGCUGCUCAACAUGUCCACCACGCUCCUCGAAUUCUGACAUUUUUUUUUUGUACUUCUCCGGUACUACUAGUAGUUUGUUAGCUGAUCGAUGGAUGAUUCCUUCCAUGUAAAUUUCUGUCUGUCAUCCCGACUAUCCUUAAUUCUCCCAAAUUUGCCUCAAAAUGAAUAUACCUCAAAAUGAAUAUAUAGA